UCUCUCCACGCAACCACGGCGUGCGUUGUCGGCGCCUCGCCCGGUAGGCAACCACGUGUUCACCUCGCUAGAUCAGAUUUCUUGAUGGAAUAAUACAAAUGAUGAUAUCCGAGAUCUGUUCCUGAUACGUAAAGGUGUAUCGAGACAAGGAAUUUCGAAACUCAAGAUUACAAUCGGCAUCAACGCGAGUUUUAGGGAUCCAGUUGGUGAAACGAUUCUAUGGGUAAUACGGUCAUCAAGCUGUUUUUUGUCGGCAAGGAGCCUUCAAAAUUAUCUUAUUUCGCGUGAAUUGUCUAGAAUUUUGAAUCUUGCUUAAAUCUAUAAAAAUCGCACCAUUUACCUUGACCUUUGUCUAUUCUUGACUUGAUCGGCCAUUGCGUGGGUGAAGAUGAUUUGUGAUCCCAAGAACUUUCAACACGAUCCCAUUAUUUCGGAGUGCGUUUUUGGAAGGCUAUUCCUCAGUACCCUCAGUGAGAAGAGUGUGUUUAUUCGACUUUCACAUGAGCCAAUUACCUAUUCUACUCGCAUCAAAGGUUGAAUUGAAACUUUCCUGCAAGUUUAAAAAGUGAUAGGAAAUAGGACGGUAUUAGUGUCAAAAAUUAUUUCGCGACUUCUUUGACACAGUUUAGUUCUGAGAUAAAACAAACCAAGCUACGCUCUGCAUCGAAGAGAUCUCUGGACACGCGAAUAUAUUAAAAAACGAAACAAUGCCCUGAAAUCAAUCGGGCGAAAUUAAUAAGAGACCCAAUUAAGAGAGGCUAUUUUCUACACUUGCGCUUUUCGCUUGGUUAUCAUUCGCGUUGGAUAAAGUGAUAAGUUCUCGAAGGAAAAUGAAUGCGUGAGCUGGUAUCUAGGAUGCUGCCUACGGAGGGACCAACACGUCGGAAGGAGUGAGCUUUCAAAAUGACGCAGCUGAGCUUCAGCGAAGUGGAGGACUGGCUGGACAAACAUGCCGAGCAGAGCGUCGACUACUUCAUCCGGAAGAUGGAGCUGUCGUCGAUCAACAAGUGGCUCGUGAACCACGGGUUCCUGACGAUCGACGACUACGUGACGACGUCGAGUCGGCGCGGCUCGACGUCCUCGGGCAACGUCUCGCCGGGCGGGAUGUACUCGAGCGGGACCGAGGGGUUCACGCUGACCGUGGGGCCGCCCCCCGGCGUCGCGGGAGGGGCGCACCAGGCCCCCGCGGUCACCCUCAACGGGAACACGACCUCGCACAUGCGCCGCAACUCCUCCAAGAAGUGUCUCCGCCACGACUUCGCUAGGGCCAAGAGCAAGAGCGUCUUCCGCACACACGAGGUCCCCGGCCACGCCAAGGACCCGACGUCCAGCAGGAGGUCCUCGCUCAAAGAUAUGCGAAAGUACACCUCGCUACCGCCGAACUCGAUCAACAUGCUCUCGCUGCUGAUCGAGUCGAAGGUGCGGCUGCCGCAGUGCGGUCCGACCCACAGCCGGGCGACGAAGAAGGAGCUGCUGUCGAGUCUCGGGGAGCGGGACUUCCUGCUCUCGAUCAUCCGCGACAUCGGCUCCGACUUCGACCUCAAGUCCCUCUCGCACAAGGCGGUGGACAACAUGUGCGUCCUGCUCGACACGGACGGGGCCUCCCUCUUCCUCGUGGACGGGCCCCGCGGCGGGCGGCAGACGCUCGUCUCCAAGGUCUUCGACGUCCACAGCGGCGUGAGUCAGUUCCUCUUCCCGGCCGGCACCGGGCCCGGCGACAACCAGGUCCAGGUCCCGUGGGGCGUCGGCAUCCUCGGCCACGUCGCCGAGACCGGCGAGACCGUCAACCUCAAAGUCGCUUGCGAGGAUCCUCGAUUUGAUGACGAGGUGGACCGGAUCACCGGCUACCACACGGAGUCACUUCUUUGCAUGGCUGUCAAGAACGCAUACGGGGAGGUCAUUGCUGUCGCCCAGGUUAUCAACAAAAAUGAAGAGCAGGAUGACGGCGACUUCACAGAGAAAGAUGAGAAGUUGCUGGAGACGUAUCUUCAAUUUGUUGGCAUAGGUAUUACAAACGCUCAAAUAGUAGAAAUUUCCCGACAAGAAUACGAUCGAAAUCGGAAACUUUUGGAGGUUGUUCACGAUCUUUUUGAAGAGCAGACAUCAAUAGAGAAAGUUAUUCUAAAAAUAAUGCAACGGGCUCAAAGACUUCUCAAAUGCGAAAGAGCAGCUGUUCUACUCACCGACGAAAAUUCAGAGGGAAUGAAAUUUUCAAAGUUAUUUGAGCUCACGAAUCCAGUCAACGGUCAAAAAACUAACAGUAUGAAUUUCAAGAACUUCCAUCAACAUGGGGAGAGAGGGGAGGUAUCAAGUUACUUUUUGGGUUUGGCGGAGAAGGUGGCCGAAUCGGGGGAGGUCAUCAACGUGGCUGAGUGCAUCGAGGUCGGUAAAUCCAAGGGAGAGAACGUCAACUCUCUCUUGGCCAUGCCCAUCCGAAAUAAAAACUACCAAAUCAUCGGAGUUGCAAGUAUUUUCAAUAAACUCACUGGUCUUCCAUUUGAUGAAAAUGACGAGCAGCUUUUUGAGGCAUUUACAAUCUUUUGUGGUCUUGGAAUUCACAACACCUUAAUUUAUAGUGAAAUUGAAAAAGCAAUGGCAAGGCAGAAAGUCUCCAUCGAGGUGCUGUCUUAUCACGCCACAGCUUCAAGUAAAGAAGUAGAGACCUUAAUCGAGCUGGAAGUGCCGGCGGCGGACGAGUUGAAUCUGUACUCGCUGUCAUUCGAUGACUUCGCCUUGAACGAGCGGCAGAUGCUCCUCGGGGCAGUCAGCAUGUUCCUUGAACUCGGGCUCGUCAAGAGAUUCGCAAUCGAUAAAGAGACCCUGUACAAGUUUCUGCUGACUGUGAAGAAAAAUUAUAGAGACGUCCCGUAUCAUAAUUGGAGGCAUGCCUUCAAUGUGGCUCAAGUCAUGUUCGCAAUUUUAAUGGGCUGUGAAAUGAAAGGCACGUUCAGUGACCUUGAAGUAUUAGGCAUGUUCGUUGGAUGUCUCUGUCAUGACCUAGACCACAGAGGGACCAAUAAUUCCUUCCAAGAAAAAGCCGGUUCGGCGUUGGCACUCCUUUACGGAACAACAAAUACAAUGGAACACCACCAUUUCAAUCAUGCUGUUAUGAUCCUCAGUAGCGAGAAUUUGAACAUUUUUUCAUCGCUAUCAGCUGAAAAUUUUGCUUUAGUAAUGAAAGUGCUUAAGCAUAGCAUACUGGCGACUGAUUUAUCAACCUACUUUGAGUUGCGACACAGGUUUUUUGCCUUGGUGGAGGACCACAGCUACAGCUGGGAUCGCGAGGAUCACAGAGAGCUUCUGCGCUCGAUGCUCAUGACAGCGGCCGAUCUGGCAGCCUCCAGCAAACCGUGGGAGGUCCAACAGAAAGUGGCCACUCUCGUCACCACCGAGUUCUUCUGUCAGGGGGACAAGGAACGCAACGAACUCAAGCUCCAGCCGCAAGCACUCAUGGACCGCGAAAAGCAACACGAGCUUCCUCAGCUCCAAAUCUCUUGGAUUACAGAGAUAUGUCUCCCGCUGUAUCGAUCGUUGGGUAAAAUGAACCCUAAGCUGAAUGUGAUGUCUGAAGGUGCUGUGGAGAAUAUGAGACAAUGGGCAAAACUUGCAGCAGUCAGUAACACCACCAAAAGUGAGAAAAUAGAUCCACCCGGUUGAGACUUACACCUAUGCAAAUUCUGCACAAUGCUACCUGGAUCUAAUGUUUAAAGCAAUUUUUAUACCAUUGUGAAUGAUACAUUCCCAAGUUUUUCCUUACUGUAGAUUCAAAUGUUAUUUUUAAAUUAGUGUACAUAACAAAUAAACGAUGAUUUAAUUUUUACAAA